AUGGAAAGCAGUGAAAACUGGCCGGAUGGAAGGAAGAACUUGGAGGCGUCGGUGCCCAAGAAAUUCAGAAAGGAACAGUCCCCAAUAGGAGAAAUAGGAAGCCUGAAUUGGGCCAUGUUGUUCCUUUGCAUCGGGAGCCUCGGGAUUUCCGGGAUCCUCGCCUAUCGGCAGGUUCUUCUGGAGUCCAGACUGGCCACCGUCGAGGCAAGGUGCGACCAUCAGGAAAACAGCGAGGUAAUUGUCAAGAGGCUCCGGAGAGAGGUCCAGGAUGCCUUUUUGGGACAGAAAAUUCCCUAUCCUGAGGGAGGGAUCUUCAGGGUCAAGAGGGAUCUUAAUGACUGCAAUUGUCCGCCUGGUAAGUAG